AUGAAUACUAAUUUAACAAAAACACUUCACAUUGUGACAGAUCUGAGGAUUGUUCUUCUGGGUAAAACUGGAUCAGGAAAAAGCGCAGCAGGAAACACCAUCCUGAACAGAGACGCGUUUACAGUGAAAAACUCUCUGGUGUCAGCUUCAAUGACCUGUGAGAAACAAGAAGUAAUUGUUGAUGGACGAAAUAUAGCAGUUACUGACUGUCCUGGCCUGUCUGACACUUCGAUCGAUAAUAAAAAACUGCAGAUUUUAAUAGAGCAGUGUAUCUAUCUGUCUGCUCCUGGUCCUCAUGUGUUCCUGCUGGUUCUGAGACUGGGUGUGAAAUUCACAGAGGAGGAGAAAAAUGCAGUGAAAUGGAUUCAGAAGAACUUUGGAGAAGAUGCUGUGAAGUACACUAUUGUUCUGUUCACUCACGCUGAUACACUGAAGGGGAAACCUGUAGAGCUCUACAUCAGCAAAAGCAAAGAUCUACAGCAGCUAAUUCAGACAUGCUAUGGGAGAUAUCAUUCAUUCAACAAUGAACACAGAGAUGAUCGAGAUCAGGUCACAGAACUGCUGAAAAUAAUAGAAAAAAUGGUUCAUUUUAAUGGAAUGAAGCCCUACACUAAUGCCAUGUAUAAAGCAGCCCAAGAGAAGAUUAGGAAGGAGCAGAUGCUAACAGAUGUUGGGAAGAGAGGACUAGCAGCAGCAGGAGAAGUUGCAGCAGGAGUUGUAGCUGCAGGGGCCAAAGGAGCUGCAGCAGCUUUUUCUGCAGUGGAAACAACAGCAGAAGCAGCAGCAGAAGCAGCAAAGAAGUAUUUAGAUGACUAG